AUGGUUCCGAAUGAGACCGCGAGUUUAGGCGCCAGAAAGCGACAAAGAGUCGAGUUUUUGGUCGCUAAAAACGCUAAUAUGAGCGAGUCCAGGGGCGAUUCAGGGAUGUGCGAAAAAAAAGCGGCGAUUUUGGGCAGUGUGGACCCCCAAGCGGGCGGAAAAACGGGUAUAAAAUCUGGUGAACAAAGACCCUUGAAAAAGCACAAGAAAGAGGAGUUGGCGGCUAAAAUUGCUGUGGAUGUCAAAGAUGCAACGCGUCCAGGUGGAAUGGCGUUUCCUUUGAUGUCUGGACGUGAAUUGGAAGUACUUUACGAACGGCAGCGCGCGCGCGCGCUGCCCUCGUGCGACGAAGCCUUUCCCUGGCUUCAUGGUUACUCGGAGCCCGGGUGUGCACCUCCAUUGGGAGAUAUGCUCAUCACGGUACGGUCACAGCCGCCUGGCGCGAGUGACGUAGAAAACUCCGGUAUGUUGGUUUCGUCGUUGGACCCGCAUGAGUUCUUAAUGGGAUGGAACCCGCAGAAACAGGAAAUGGAAGCUGUAGUAGCCGCAGCCGCGCAGGUUACCGCGCUAAAUGCACAGGAAGCUAGUGUUUUGAAUGCUGCAUGCGCACAUUUUCGUGUCCUCCCGCAUCUGAUGUCCGACAAGCGUGCACAGGCCAUGUACGGCCAUGGAUCAUCGCAUCGCGUGCGACAGUCACGUUCACAACAACAGCCCUGGAAAGAGCCGGGAAUGUUUCGUCGGUUCGAUUUACAGGUCGCAAAGAUGGUCGAAAUGGCGAGCGAUUGCGUCAUCUACUGUUUCGAUGCACUAUUACACCCACACGCCUGCCGAUGCCGCCAGCUGGCCCUGGUGAUUUUAGUAGCGCUACGAUGCAUUCGAGCACAUGAAAAUGUCACAUCGGUGCCUGCAGUACUGGCAUCAACCGCAAUUGACUCGCGCUGGAUCGCAACCCCACUCAUGAAAGUGUCUUCGCUGUGCAAAACAUCUCCCGAGCAGCUGGCAUCCAAAUUCGACGUGGCCUCUUUCAACAACUGGGAUCGGGACCUCUUUUAUCGCGAAAGGCUCGAGAUCUCGAAAAUGUCGAGCACAACUUGCGUCGAUACGGUAGGAGCCGUCUGGUGCGGCAAUUCUACGGAUCACGAAAUAUACCGCGUCAGAGCGAAAGAUUCUUCCCAACGACAAGAGAUGCAUGCUUCUAGCUUCAAGACCCCGUCGCAUUUUUGUCCCACAAAUACCAUUGUGACGGUACCACCACUGGAUUACAAUAGAACAGAUUUUCGUGUUAAUGAUUCUUUGCUCUUCAAUAUACCCACGCCUAAUAGGACAUGGUCUCUUUUCGUGCACUGUACAGAAACGAGCGCUUUGCCGGAGUUGGUCUUACUUCAACAAAUGAUAUCCAAAAUCCACAUUGGACAUGCCAUACCGCAUACGAUAUUACCUUUCCCUAGUUCCGGAUGCAUUGGACUGGGAAAUUUGAACUUGGAGUCUAUUAAAAUCAUAUUGCACAUGUGCUACCUUCUAUACGCGGUCGGUAAGAAGACGAAUAAUGGAUCCCUGCUGUACUGCACCGAUGGAUACACAGAGACGUCCUUUUUAUUGGUCGCGUAUCUGAUUUUUGCAUGGAGUAUGCCUCUCGAAGAUACUAUUAUACGUCUGCAUAGAGAAGUGGAAAGACCCUUUUUCCUGUUCCCAGUUGAUUUACAAGUGUUAGAGCAUUUGCAAUAUCUAUUGUUAGAGAAAAGCCCACUUAAGGACGAAGCGACGACUGACAUGCUUGAAGUCAGCCAGGAACUAUUCGGCAAAAUGUUUUUCCUAAAACCCAAAGACACUUUUAAUCUAGUGCAAUUGAAGGGUCCACUACCAUCUAGGAUAUUGCCACACUUAUACCUGGGCUCGCUGGAACAUGCCCAAAAUUCCAGCCUUUUGAAAGAAUUAGGCAUAAAACACAUUGUCUCGGUAGGAGAAACGAUGCCAUGGCUUGUUGCAGCGGUAUCUCGCAGAAGAAGUUACACGGUCAGCGAGCUCGAGACUCGCAAAAAUGUUGGAACUCACCGCCCAAGGGUAGUAUCCCGAUUGUCAAUGACGAGUAUUUCCGAAACGGCUACUGCCAAAUCGCUACUGCCUGAAGAAACGGAGUUCGAAGUCAUAGAAGAAGGUGGAUUUCGCAUUUUUCAUAUCAAGAAGAUCUAUGACAACGGAGAGGAUCAGUUGUUAUCGCAAUUACAAAGCGCACUUGAAUUUAUUGACGAUUGUUACAGGAAAAACGAAAAAGUCCUGGUACACUGUAUGGUAGGAGUCUCACGAUCCGCCACCGUUUGCAUUGCAGAGUGUAUGCGCAGGUUACAUUGCGACGUACUUCGCGCAUACUUAUACGUGCGUGUUCGUCGUUUGAACAUUAUAAUACAGCCGAACCUGAUGUUCAUGUAUGAGCUUUGCAAAUGGCAAGAAUUGCAAGGACAAGAAAGACAGAUCGAUUGGCAUAUUCUGUGUCGUUCGAUUUCGGAGUUGAAUAAUAAUUAUUUGUAA